GAGCAAGCAACGGGGGAGGCAGAGGAGAGCUGAAGAGAGAGAAGGGAGGGUUUGUGUGUGUGCACGCUCGUAUCUGGGUAUUCUGGCAAGGUAAAAGCUGGUCUGUUUGGCAGGACCUUCCCAUCUGGGAUCCAUCUGUGUUUCUCUGGAAUUGGACAGGCGGCUCUAGUCAGUGAGAAAUCGCAGAUGUGAGGGAGCUGACACAUGUCCAGCUAAUGAAAAGAGAAGGAAGGUUGGUCGCAGACUCGGCUUGAAGAUUAAGAGCUGCAAAAGAAGACCCCCUUUUAAUUCAUUUUUAAAGGAAAUUGGGUGUCUUUCGACAGCAGUUGGGUUGUUGUUUGGACGCACACGUUGCUAGUGAGAAGAGGGUGCCAGUGAUGCCAGGAUCCCCUGUGGAAGUCAAGAUACAGUCGAGAUCUUCUCCAUCCAGUAUGCCGCCACUGCCACCUGUCAACUCCGGCGGACCCCGACCUGUCUCAUUUACCCCUGCUGCAUUACCCAAUGGAAUGAACCAUUCUCCUCCAACGCUGAAUGGAGCACCAUCACCUCCUCAGAGAUUCAGCAAUGGGCCUGCCUCAUCAUCUUCGUCUUCCUUGACCAAUCAGCAGCUCCCAGCUACCUGUGGGGCUCGUCAGCUCAGCAAGCUGAAACGCUUCCUUACCACCCUCCAGCAGUUUGGCAAUGACAUUUCACCAGAAAUUGGGGAGAAGGUUCGAACCCUUGUUUUAGCAUUAGUGAAUUCUACGGUGACAAUAGAGGAGUUCCAUUGCAAGCUUCAGGAGGCCACUAAUUUUCCUCUUCGUCCAUUUGUGAUUCCAUUCUUGAAGGCCAACCUUCCACUUCUGCAGAGGGAGCUGCUGCAUUGCGCUCGGGCAGCCAAGCAAACCCCUUCCCAAUACCUGGCCCAGCAUGAGCACAUCCUGUUGAAUACGAACACUGCAUCCCCAGCAGACUCCUCUGAGCUCUUGAUGGAAGUCAACGGGAACGGGAAGAGGCAGAGCCCCGACAGGAGGGAAGAAAACAGCUUUGAGAGAGACCCGCUCCCACCGGAGCCUCCUGCCAAGAGGGUGUGCACCAUCAGCCCAGCGCCCCGACACAGUCCAGCUCUCAUGCUGCCCCUCAUCAAUCCAGCCGGGCAAUUCCACCCCACGCCACCCCCGCUCCAGCAUUACACCCUGGAGGACAUUGCAACAUCCCACCUGUACAGAGACCCGAGCAAGAUGCUGGAGCAUAGGGAAUUGCGGGAAAGACACAGCAUAGGGUUAAAUGGAGGAUAUCAGGAUGAGCUUGUGGACCAUCGCUUAACAGAGAGAGAAUGGGCCGAUGAAUGGAAGCAUCUGGAUCACGCAUUGAAUUGCAUCAUGGAAAUGGUAGAGAAGACCAGGCGUUCGAUGGCUGUUCUCCGUCGCUGUCAGGAGGCUGAUCGGGAGGAGCUCAACUACUGGAAGAGGCGGUGCAGUGAAACCACAGAGCCCCGGAAAGGAGGGAGUGACUUAAUUGUGAGACAAACUAGCCCUGGGAGCUCGGACUCCAUCAGCAGUGAUCCUCAGCGGGAGUUCAGUAGCCGGUCAGGAGCAGCUGGUUAUGUCACUGAAGAGAUAUGGAAAAAAGCUGAAGAAGCUGUGAAUGAAGUAAAACGCCAGGCCAUGUCCGAGGUCCAGAAAGCUGUAGCAGAGGCAGAGCAAAAGGCAUUUGAAAUGAUUGCCUCGGAGAGGGCCCGAAUGGAGCAGACCAUCGCAGAUGCAAAGCGCCAGGCUACUGAGGAUGCUUUUUUAGUGAUUAAUGAGCAGGAGGAGUCUACAGAGAGUUGCUGGAACUGUGGUCGCAAAGCCAGCGAGACGUGCAGUGGAUGCAACAUUGCUCGCUACUGCGGCUCCUUUUGCCAACACAAAGAUUGGGAGAGACACCAUCGAAUCUGCGGGCAAGGUCUACACAGCCAGGUCAAGCCAGUCUCCUUACCAGCAGGGCGAUCCGCAGCAGCCGCUCUCAAAGCUGCUGACGGGAUUCCAAGUCCAGCUCUAGAGAAAACGUCAGCCACCACCUCACGAUCCUCCACUCCGGCAUCUGUGACAGCAAUAGACACUAAUGGACUCUAAGAGGGGAAAUUGCACCCAGCACAUUUUCGUAGUUUCCUAGUUUUCUACAUUGAAAAUCGGACGCCUCAAAACAUUGUGGGAAGUUUGUACUCCAGCACGUUGGCGCUCAGCUAAUGUUUAUGGGGCAUUUUCCAUAUCAUCAUAUCAUAUAUCAUUUUUAGGAGUCUUGUGUCAGCCUUCUGCAUUGGGAUCUCAGAAUGGUCUCCCUGGAGUUUGGGAGCGGCAGGUUCCCUGGAAUCCUGAGGACUGUGCUCUGUCUGUUUCUGUCUGACGUUUCUGAAGGGGAUGCUCUCAUGUUAUAUCAUGUUGAGAAUCCAGGACAGUUAGGUGAGCUUCUUAAAAGGUACUUCAUAGCAGAACUGUCUGGGCAGCCUCUUCUCUCAACUUGGUAUUCUGAAUCUUUCUCUGUGUAAUCUGGACAACUGGGGUUUUUUAAAUUGCUCUGGGCUUUGCAUGCUGUAGGAAUGGAGCAGGUGGGCCAUUAUUAGAAACUGCCUUUUCCAGGCAAAACUGCAUCAAGUGAAAUGAGAUAUAAGUAGAUGCUUGGCUAUUUGCUCUGCGUCUUUUCACCUCCCCCUCUUCCUCCAUCUAGGACUAUUUAUUGAUUUUUCUUUCCCUCCCCUCAAGCUGGAUCCAUUUGGGGAAGGAGACGCCAAAGGAGAAGGAUGCUAUUUUCUGUUUGCUAAAAGGUGGAUCUAAAAUGAUGUCCUACAAUGAAUGCCAAUCAUCUUACGUGACCCAUGUAGUUAUGGAGGAGAUCUUUGAGUCUUAACAGAUUAAAAUGUUUCAUGCAGAGAUUUUGCAGAACAACCUGCUGCACCUUUCACUGAGCAAAUUGAUUUAUUUUGCUAUCCCAAAGAAACUUCCAUGCCCUAUAGGAGUUGUUAGCUUUAAAUACGUGGUUUGAGGUUUAUCAAUGUAUAAAUUAACAUACACACAUGCAUUACUCCAACACGUCAUUUAUAGCCUAUUCUCUCACAGCACGUUGGCUAAACUAAACAAAAAUCCAUUCAUAUUUAAUAUUUAAUGUUAGCAAACUUCUAAAGCUAAUGGUUCUCUAAGCAGUGUAUGACUUGAAACUGUCUCUAGCUAAGGGAUCCAUUCAGUAAAAUGAAGCAGUGUGGCCCCUUAGUGAAACAUUUGGCCACACUUCUGGGUACUGUUGAAUAUUUAACCACCAAACUCUUUUACCUUUGCAGAAUUUUAAAAUGUAUCCCUAGAAGGAAUCAUUAAAAGACUUUAAAUCCACCAUGUUGUGAUAUUCCAUCUCCAUCUUGAGUAUGCCAAGCUUCCCAUUUAAUGUCAGGGUUGGAUGUAAAGACAAUAGUAUGAUCAGAUCACAGUUAUGGAAAGCCACAUAGAGCAACUUAGCAGGGAUGGCAUUAUUGUGCAAGUCCUCAGGGGGGUUGUUACAGUGUAAUGCAAAAACAUUUCAGGAUUUGUUUGCUUUGGAAUGCCAGUUCACUUGGCAUCCCAAAUUUAGUGUGAUAUCAGAGAGGCAUGAAUUCAGCUCCGAAUGUCGGUGGGGGGUGUUGUUGGGGGGUGUUGUGGGGGGAUGGAGGCUAUCUUCAAAGUUAUGACUUGGAAUGGUGCCAUGGUGGAGGGCUAAAGCAAAAGAAGGGUAGAGGGAUCAGCAAGUAAAAAGCAGGAGAGGACCCUCAGCUGCUAUCUUUAAUAGGCAAGACACAUUUUGGAUAAAAAUCCCUUUAUCAAGGGCACUUCCACAACUUAAGAAAGAGGCUAAAAUCAACUAUACCAGCCACAGCAUAACUCUACAAGUACUGAACCCUUUCCCCUCACAGUGAUUCUCUGCUGCAAAUCUCCCCUCGCUCACAGUUGCUAUUAGCUGCAAAGAGGAACACAAGCAGACACCAACUUUUCACAGUUGCUUUUGGCCGACCCCGCCCUGCCAAAAAGGACAAUGAGAGAUGUGUUCACACUUUCCAAUUUUGCAUCUACCCAACAAGUCUUUACAUUUGAGAAAGGGACACUGAAUCAGUUUAGACAUACCAUGUGAAUGAGCCCUUGGCUUGUGCUCUGAUGUUCUCUCUGACUUUAGAUUUAACAGCAAAACUAUAGUUUCCCUUGUUCAGAUGCAAAUGGCAAAUUCUGUUUUGCUACUAAAUUGGAAGAGUGAGUGGAAAUCCAAGCACAAGUUGGGCGAAAGAGGAAGGAAUACCUGAGCACAACGCUCGUUCACAUCACGCUAUGCCAUGAUUUGGCAUUACAUUUGAGCCAAUCCAUUGCAGUCAAAUCAUUUUUGGGUCAUACCCAGUCCUUUAGAGAUCCUUGGAGUUCCUUUGAUAUUGCCACUGCCAGUCCACAUGUUACAUGUCUCUAUGUGUUCAUGUGACUGCAUGGAGGAGAAAAAAAAUGAAACAGAAAUAUUGCAUGCAAAACCCAUCCCAUUGUGAUGUACUGUCAAAGAGGAAAGUCUUAAAUUUGUAUUGAGUAGUGAUGAAGAAGAUCAAGAUCUUGAAGUUCAUCAGAAUAUCCUGAUUGAAUGGCCACCUGUGUCAAAUGCAGAACUUUACCUGGCAUACAGAGGAGUUCGUAACAGAAUUGCUAAUUGUCUAGAGCUGUAGGGAACAACCAAGAUCGGUCUCUGUUCACAAAAUUCCCAGUGUUGCAGAAAAUAUGGGAGAUGCUAAUUAAAGCUGAAACUAUUCACUAGCUUCCAAAUCCCAAUUGCCACUUAAAUCUUUGAAGAGAAUGAUAACGCUACAUGAUCAACUCCAAAGAAUACUGUGUGUGAGAGAGACAGCAGUUUGCUAAAUUGUGUGUAAAUACAGUCUUCCAUAACUUUCCAUGCAACUACAGUGGCUUGCUGUGUAUUACGAGAAAAAUACAUUAACUCUAAUGUACAUAAUUGAAAUACUACCACUCAUCAUGAUUUUGAAUGAUUUUGAAAAAGGGAAUUGAAAGAUGUGAAAUUCUACUAUGGGAAGACUUUUUGGAUUCAGUUUUCUUUCCUUUUCUUUUUUUGUCAUUUGAUUCUAUACUAGGAAUUUUUGUUACCUAUUUUAUGUGCAUAACUUAUUUAAUGUACUGUAUAAAGGAACCCAAACUGUUACAGAUGUAUUUAGUUUGUUCUACUCACAGUAGUCAAUAAAAAGACUAUAUUCACCUUA